UCAAGCGCCCUCUUGUGAUAAAAAACAAGGCGACAUUUUGGGGAAAAAUGGCACCGGAAUUCGGUGAAUUUGUCGUUUCACGAAGAUAGACUAAUGGGAGUAUCUUUUGCAGCGCAUUAGAAUGAAAACUUCUAUCCUCUGAUUAAGGUAAGCCACAAUGAGAUAGACUGGAGGCUGCUGUAUAUGUGUUCCUGGGGUGGAUCUAGAACUUUGAGGAGUGAAUAGGAUGGAUUACAGCUCUUCUGUGUCACACUUACCUUGGAUUGUGAAUUCAUGUUAUAAUUUUCUGUGUGUGUGAUAUCAGCCUAAACUGAUUAUUCUCUGACUGAAUCACUGAGCAAAAUGGCUGAUCACUCGGAUUUAGUCGCAGAAAUCCCGAGCGUGGAACGCAUGGGAACACAAGAAAGGCUGAAACAUGCCAAAAAACGUCGUUCUGCACAACUAAAGAAAUGGGCCAACUAUGAGAAACAGUUGGAUAAAGACAGUAACAAAAAAUCUAAAAAAGGUCAGCCCCACAAAAAACACCGGCGAGCAAAGACCACGAGGGUACGCUUCAAAGGAAACAUUAUGUUACUGGAGUCCGCAGCCCGAAAUGACUUAGAAGAUGUGAAGCGUCUCCUUAGUGCUGGGGUCAACCCUGAUGUGACCAAUGAAGAUGGACUCACUGCCUUACAUCAGUGUUGUAUUGAUGACAAUGAAGAAAUGCUAAAGCUACUCCUUGAGUUUGGAGCGUCAGUGAAUGCGCGGGACACAGAGUUAUGGACGCCACUCCAUGCAGCUGCCACUUGUGGACAUGUUCAUCUUUGUCGUUACCUCAUAGAUAAGGGUGCGGAACUCUUGGCGGUCAAUGCUGAUGGUAAUAUGCCGUACGAUAUCUGCGAGGAUGAAGUCACACUUGAUUACAUUGAAACUGAGAUGGCAAAAAGAGGAAUUACACAAGAGGACAUUGAUGAAACUCGACUCAUUCCUGAAAAACAAAUGCUUAAUGAUCUAAAACAAAUUGCAAAGAGAGGUGGGGAUCUAGAGUUUAUCAACUCUGAAGGAGCCACACCAUUACAUGUAGCUGCCGCUAAUGGCUACCAGGAGGUGACAGAGUUUUUGCUGGACCACCACGUGUCUGUUGACAGAAGAGAUUAUGACUCGUGGCAGCCAAUCCACGCCGCGGCCUGCUGGCUACAGCCCGAGAUCCUGGAAAUUCUGGUGAGAAAUGGUGCUGAUAUUGAUGCCAAGACGAGAAUAGGAGAAACAGCAUUUGACCUCUGUGAAGAUGCUGAGAUUCGACAAAAAAUCCUUGACAUGAAAGAUGAGAUUGAAAAUAACAAAGCCAGCCGUACAAAAGACAGUGUCCGUCGCAGUGCGAGACACACCAGUAGAUCCUUAUCAAAUAGUUCGGGUUCAGUGACGAAUUCCAACACGUCACUGAACGAGCAUUAUGAGCACCCCCACCACCACCACAAGGCCUCCAACAGUGCAUCCAUACGCCGUAGCAGUAUGAGGGGAGAGAAAAGCCCGCUCUUCAUGAAAGAAGCCCGGGAGGAGGCCCUUCAUUUCGGCUGGGGACAGAGCAACGAAGACUUAAUGGAGGAGGAUAAAGAGAACAGUCCAGCAACAAACAUAGAAGAUGUUCAGAUCAUCAUAGAGGAGGAAAAACCGGAACCAACUAAAAAGGUGUCACCCCCCUCCCCCGAACAACCAAAGACUGUAGAUACUACAGCAUCCCCCAGACUGUCCCCGGGAAGCACACAGACAGACAGACCACCAGGAGAACGACAAUCCUCAAGGUCAAAUAGGCCAGAGUCUGCCCCUCAAGGUCAGCCCAGUCAAAGGCCAAGACCUCAGAACCCUUCCCCCAACAGCCGACAAGAGAGGCCCACAUCCACCCCCAGUAGCCGUCAGGAACGGCCGACGUCUACCCCCAACAGCCGACAGGAACGGCCGACAUCUCACCGAGAAACUACCCCUGACAAACCUAGAACAAACAACAUUCCAAAGUCUGUGUCGGAACAGGAGCGACAGAGGCAGCAGGAGAGGCGAAGUGAUUCCUCGAGUCCGCGCGUCAAAUCAAACUCGUAUCAGUUAAACAGCACUGAGACGGGGACCAGCUCAAACGUUCGCUACCCUUCUGGUCCCUCGUCCAUAACUCUGGCCGAUUUAAAACGACAGCGUGCAGAGUCAAGAAGCAGAGAGAAUAGCCUAACGGACAUAAGUUCUCAAGUUCAGAACAUGUUUAUUAACAGUCUGUCCUCUAACAAUAGCAAAAAAUACAGUUCAUCAUCGCUGCCUGGCAAAGAGCCCCAUAAAGAUAAAAAUGGACAUAAUACCAACAACAACACGCAAGGUUACCACCCAGAGGCGGUGCACAAAUUCAAAGCACCACACAGUUCUCCCGUCAUCGGAGAGGACGAUAAACAGGGCUGUUGUGUGGUCAUGUGACAUUAACGGUAAAAUAUAUUGCAAGUGAUAAACUGCAAGAAAGCGCACGGUCGCCAGCUUACAACAUGAUUCAGAAGCAGCAUUUGUGUUUUCAUAUGAUCAAAAGUGGGUAGGACUUGGUAAAAAGUCAAGUGACAUCAGUUGAUGUGAAGUAACGAGUGUGGGGUUGUGUCUUAGUUAUCUGUGCUGAUAUGUGAUAUAAUUUUAUAGAUGAAGGUGUGUUGAUAUGAAGAAUUUUACGGUGAUAUAUUUCCAAACAUUAUGUAUAUUUAGAGAGGUUGCUUUAUACUUGCAAAUUUGUAUUUAUUUUGUUAUACAUAUUUACCCUUUCUAAUGGGUAGGGUUUUGUUCAUAUAAUAGCAAUGGAUGCUUUUGCUAGAAUUUGUGCUCAAAUUCUUCUUUCAUUGCUCAAGAAGUGAAAUGGCAAAGCAAAAAAAUAAAUUUAUGGCCAUGUUACAAAGACUUUUAAAAAUGGAUAUUCCAAAAAAUAAUGUCAGCAUAAAUUUUACUUGUUGUCUUCUACAAAUAUUACACUCAUAACAAGAAUCAUGUAACUUCAUAAACAUUGGGUUAGAAUCUGUCACUGUUUCAUUGUCCACUGUAGAUGUGACAUUCCAAACUUGUAUACUGUAUAAUGGGUCAUUUUCAGUGGUCAAUUUCAGCUCAAAGAAAAAAAAAACUUGGUAAGGGAAGUAAUUUAGGCCAUAUCUGGGAUUGAAAGUAUUGCGAAAGUGUUUUACAUGUUAAAAUACGCGUAGUUUAUAUGGAUGAGGAAUGUCAUGGUUUGAAGUGACAGAAAUGACCCAUUAUACUGUAGUCCUCCUGCAUUCCCUUGUGUUCCCUAGGAUUACCUUUAAUAAUCACACUUUCAUAGGUCAUACACUUUAUACUUGAAGAAUUCAGAGAUAUUAACUGUUUUGCUAGCCAAUCAGAUUGUAUUAAAAGUAGCUCAUUUCUUAUCAUGGCCAAGGUAUCAUGUACUUUUUUAAUGCAAGAUGGAAUAUCAAAGUUUUUUAUGUGGAGAAGGAUUUAAAAGUCAUAGAUUAAAUAAAGUAUCUGUAAUAUAGGCAGCCAAGAUUGAUUUAAAAAAGGGAGGUAAAUCUCCAAUGAUGUAAAGCCAUAGUAUGUAUCGAUAUGAUGCACAUUUAUUGCACAGCAAGCUGUAACAGGGUUUCAUCAUUAUGAUAUAUGCAAUAUUUUCUGUACAUUUUAUAUUUUAGAAGUGCUGAUUCGUAGAAGCUUUGUGCACAUCUGUAUUCCAGCUAUUUUAUUUAUGCAGUCCUUUUUUAUGUUGAGCACUUGAUGUUUGUUUCCUUUUUAUGUUGGUGAUUGCAAUAGAAUGUGACUAACAGGAAGAAUGAUUAAUUGUUUGUUAUAUAGUACGGUUUUUUUAAAAAAAUUGAAAAUAGUCCUGAAAUUGAUGAAAUAUAUUUAUUAGUUGUACUCUAAUUUGUAACAUUUUCCCCUUGUUUACAAAGAUUCAUUCCAAAUACAUUGUAGAUUUCAGGGUUUUUUUCAUGUAUCUCAAAAAUAAAUUCAGUAAUCCAGGUUUCAAUGUGAAUUGUCUUCUAAAAUUGUCAAUGUGUUGAAGAAUUAUAAAACUACUUAAAAUAAAUUAAACACUCUCACAUCACAUUAAAUUUUUAAAGAAAAUAAUUAAGCAUUUCCUUUGCAUGCAAUGUGGGUGAGAAAAACAAAGACAUAAAUAGUGAAUAUUUUUUGUGCAUUUCAUGAUAAUGGUAUCAAUGUCAGUUUGAUCUUGCAGAAGUCAGAAAUAUAAAAGAUAUAUAGCUGCUUUAAAAAAUAUAUAAAUGUAUGGGUUGUGUCAGCAUAUUAAUGCACAUCAGGAAAUGUAUAGUUUAUUUGUUCUAUAUAAACACCUGGCCAGUUUCACUGUAAAUGAUUUAGCAGCAAUAGGUACAAAAACAGAGUGCUUUAUUUAGUUGUUUUUUCCUCCAUUUGAUUUAUCCUAGUAGUAUUGAAUAAGAUAUUAAAAACUUUAGUCCAAAGGACUUAAAAAUUUAUCAUUUUCAAAAAAAAAAAAUCCCUAAUAUAUAUUAAGCAAGAAGAAAUCAGUAUCAUAUGGCUGACUGCCUGGUAGGUUAAUUAUUGAUCUGGUUACAGAUUAUGUAUCGAUAGAAAAGAUAUAGGAAUUGCUUGCAGGAACCUUUUAUACGGCACUGUGUAAAAUGUAUGUUGUUUUGGAUACCAGCACACCUAAGAUGAAACUUUGUAAAACUAGUACAAGGUAAAUUUUCCAAGUUUAAUGAAUUGUGUACACCUGUCUUCACAUUGAACUUAUUGUUAAAAUACAUCCAUUCCAUUCCUUUUUUAAAGAAUGCAUAAAGAUGAAAUUAUUUUUCAAUGGAACAAAUAAACAGACAAUACAA